AUUGACAUAGCGAUGGAGAAGAAAAUUUCAAACCUUGACAACACUAAAAUGAAAAAGAAAACAAAUGAAUUAAAAAAUCUACCUAGCAAGCUUUUUGAAUCUCGAAAAAUUACAUUCAGUAUUAGCGUUAGUCCUAUUAAGAUCUUAUCGUUAUUCAUACUACUUAUAUCUAUAACACUUUCAUGGGAAAAAUUUAGGCAGCAAGCCAUUUGUAAAGUAUUAUUAACAAAUGAAAAUGAUAACAAAAUCCAGUGGACAUUCUCCUUACCUAAUUACUCAAACUCUGAAAGUUAUCUCUCGCUAGACAACG